AGAAUUAUUUUAGCUUUAAUUAUUUGUUCAAUUUUAGUUUGUAAAGUUGUUAUUGCUGGCACUGGUAUUGAUAUCAGUUCACCAACUUCAAAAACUGUAACUUCUACCCAAUGGAGUUGUUUAGCCAAACAAAAUACCAAGGCUAUCAUUCAAGUUUGGUCUGGUGGUUAUGGUUAUAACACUAAUAUUGCUUCAUCAGUUUCCGCCGCUAAAUCCGCCGGUAUUCAAACUGUUGAUCUUUAUGCCUUCUUAUGUUCACAAUGUAGCGGUAAUAGUCCAUCAUCAUCAGCCAUUAAAACACUUGUAAGCAAUCUUCGUAGUCAAAAUGUUGAAUUUGGUACCUUAUGGAUUGAUGUUGAACAAUGUUCAAAUUGUUGGGGUUCCACCUCAACCAAUGCUCAAUUUGUAGUUGAAGCAGUUCAAACUGCUCAACAAUUAGGUGUUAGUGUUGGUGUAUACUCAAGUAUCGGUGAAUGGAGUCAAACCGUCGGCUCAUUAAAUAGUUUAUCAAGUUUCCCAUUAUGGUAUGCUCAUUAUGAUAAUGUACCAGCUUUUUCAGAUUCAUCAUUCUACCAAUUUGGCUCAUGGUCAUCACCAGCUAUGAAACAAUAUGCUGGUAAUACCCAACAAUGUGGUGUUUCAGUAGAUUUAGACUUUUUCCAAGGUGGUGGUAAAUCAUCAACUACCGGUGGUUCAUCAAGUGGUCAUCACUCUGGCUCAUCAAAUUCAGAAUCAUCAGAAUCAUCAGAAUCAAGCGGUAAAGGUUCAUCAUCAAUGAGCGGUUCAUCAAAUUCAGAUUCAAAUUCACAAUCAGGUAGCUCACAAUCAGAUUCAAAUUCACAAUCAGGUUCACAAUCAGGUUCACAAUCAGAUUCAAACUCACAAUCAGGUAGC